AUGGCUGAUCGAGAGAAAAGCGGCGGAGAUAGCAGCAGCGAAGAUGAAGAUCCGAAGUGGAAAGCCGCCAUCAAUUCGAUAGCCACUACCACCGUUUACGGCGCCUCCGCCAUGAAACCCGCAGCUACUCAGUCAUAUGGAGAUGGAGAUUUUCGGCAAAAACCUAAAAAGCUGACGCAUGCCCAGAUGAAGGUGAAGAAGCUUUUGAAUGAAAUGGUGGAGAACACUCUAGACUUUGUGAAAGAUCCUGUCAAUGUUCCAGAGGAUGAUAAACCCGAGAGUGACUGUGGAGUUCGGUUAUUUAAACGUUGUUCAACUGGAAUCAUCUUUGAUCAUGUAGAUGAGCUUGAAGGACCCAAAAAGAAGCCUAAUUUACGCCCUAACAGAGGAGUUGAAGGAAGCUCUAAAGAGUUUAAGAAACGGAUAAAAUCAAUCGUUGUUGAUGGCUCGGAUGUUUUAUCUGCUGCAAUAGAAGCGGCUAAGAAAGCCUCAGCGAGAGUGGAGGCGAAAGAAGCGGCCGCAAAAGCUAAAGCUAAGAAAGAGGAAGAGAGAGUCGCGGAGCUGAAGAAAGUAAGAGGAGAGAAAUGGUUACCUUCUGUUGCACGAGAACUGCAGGUAAGUCUCAUUUUUCUGCAACUUGUGUUUGUAGUAACACAUGAACUUAACAAAACUCACUCUUUUGCAGCUGAACAAAAAACCAACAUGGAGAUCUGCGAAAUCGUAGAGAUUCAUCUAUCUAUCCACUGA